CUAGCUAUCUAUAUGGCAAAAUUCGUGUACACUACUAAUAAUCCAUCUAAUAAUCUAAAUAUGAAUUUAUUAAAUGAAAUAUUACAAUUCAGUAAGCUACUUACCUCAGCAAAUGGAAAUGAUGUUUUCAGUUGGGAUUCCAAACAUUUAAAUUUUGUUAUUCGAUAUGCACGUACGAUUGAAACUAAGUUAUUUGGAUUAUCAAGGGAAAAAACAGAUCUGAUUCAACAACAACUUGAUAAUGGAAUGGCCAGAAUUAUUAAAAAACAAAAACCACCACCACCCUUAGAAGAGUUAAGAAAUGCUCGUUGUUUAUUGUAUAAAGCAUUGAUAAGUAAUCCUAAAUUAUCAAAUAAUUUGUAUUCUUACUUGUUAAAAACAUAUGGGUUUAAUGAUGAUAAUGAAAGAAAUUCUUCUUCAAAAAAGGAUAUUAUAACAAAGGCAUCAGGAAUUACCAAUACUUUUUUAGAAUGUUUGGAUGACAUUAAAAUCAAUCAUAAUUUAGUAGAAACAAAAGAUAUUUCCACUACUACCAUUUAUAAAAUUUUAUUUUUAACAUAUGACUAUCUUUUAGAUUCAAGGACAAUAAAAUACGACUACUCAUUCAAACUUUCACCUAUUAAUAUUAAAAGAUGUACUGCUGGCAGAAUAUUGUUAAAAAAUUGUUUAAAAUUGUACAAUAAUAGUAGCAGCAGUAAUGGAUAUAAUGGAUAUAUUCACUGUGAUUUAAGAAAAGAAGUUGAAAAUCAAAUUAUCAAUUACUUGAAUAAUUAUGUUGGAGAAGAAUCAGGUGGAAUGGAAAUAGUUUUUCAUAGCACUAUACUAGCUUUUGAAGAUAACCAAUUUUAUCGUGAUGAUGAUGAUCAUGGCUAUGUUAAUAAUUUAAAUUUAUUAGGGUUGAGACAACUUUUUCUAAGGUGGAUUAUGACAUGUAUUUUUUCUAAUCAAAAUCAAAAAAAUGGUACAAAAAUGACAGAUAUUGAAUCAGAGAUUUGGAUUUUACAUCCUUGGAUACUUGAAAAAAUUUCACAAUAUCAUGAACCAUUCUUUAAAUUUUAUUAUGGAAGAUUGAUACAUUGUACACGUGAAGAACAACAAAGGAUGAUGAUUUUGGAAGAUGAAAGAACAUUCAAUCAUUCUAUUCAACCUUUGAUGUAUUAUAGAAAAAUUAUUAAAAAAUAUGAUAGAAUACAUGAUAAUGACGAACAUUUAGAUAGUAUAAUGAAUGAAUGA